CUUUUUUCUUUUUAUUUCUGUUACAUCUGAAGUGUAAAAUCAUAGACGUGGUAUAGUGAGUGGAGGUUACGACUUUACAUGUAUCUUCAUUGAUGUAAAGGCAUCAUGAACGUAAACGUCAGAAACCAAGACAAGUCUGAUGAUGAAAAUCUAUUUGGCAUAAAGAAAACUACGUACUGGCAAAUUUACGGUGUUAAACGUUUUCCGUACCGUGGAAAGCGUAAGUUUACACCAUUACUUUACCCAUCUUUAGAUGGAGGGAUGGUGAUCUCAAAUGACGUUUUCGGACUUACAAUCAGUCAGUUUGAACGGAUGUAUAAAGCUUGUUUAGAAAGAAGGAAAACAAAAGAACAGUGGAUACUGAACCUUAGAUAUCCAGACAAAUCAUCAAAAGAAUAUCUAGAAUUCUUAGAGAACUGUACAGAAUGCAAUGAAGAUCACUUGCUUUGGAGUGACCAGAGGGAAAAAUACUUAUACGAUAAUCUAAUAAAAACAGUUGGAAGUGAAAUAGAUAUACGAAAGAGACAACGACUUUUUAUAAUACAAGAUAUGAUCGUUAACUUAUCAGGGUCGAUAAAUCGAACACAAAUCUUUAGUGGAAGUUUGUCAGAAGGAUUUGAUUUACCAGGCAGUGACAUAGAUGUUAUGUUCGCACUAAAUAACUAUAGAGAGACAAAGAAUGUUAAGAACGUCAAAGACCCAAUACAUCGUACUGCAUUAUAUAUUAUGGAGACAGAUAUUGAUCAUCCCGGAUUUGCUAGAGUGAGAAUAGUAUCGCAACAUAAUGGGGUAUCCCUUCGUGAACAAUGUUCACGCUGUCCGCCAGGUACAUGUACUGGUAGUCGAUUUUAUCUAACAGCUAACAGCAUUCUUCAGGACUAUAAGAAACAACAUCCAUACGCGGUAUGUAUACAUGGUCCAUGUAUAUCAGACGAAGACCAGACAUUUGAUUUUGCAUUAUGUCUAAGGAGUAAAUAUUUUCCUCAAAACGCAAUUCCAUGGGCAUCACGUCAUCGAUGGCACUGGCCAUCUAGUCUCGUUUGUGAUAGGAUCAUAAAUUCCGGGUGUUUUUUAGUACCUAUAGGACCUAAGACCUCAACAGUUAAUGACGAUUUAUGGAGAGUGUCUUUCUCUGUGGCUGAAAAAUUACUUGUACAUUCGUUUAAUUUAACUCAACUUUUAUGUUACGGUUUACUCAAAUUAACACUCAAGCGUAUAAUUAACACAAACGAUGAAUUAAAAGAUUUAUUAUGUUCUUACUUUUUAAAGACGGCUCUGUUUUGGGUUUCGGGGGAGGUGGAUAUUGACACAUUUCAAUUAUCUAAGAUAUAUCAUUGUUUUUCUCUAUGCCUUGACAAAUUAAUAUUAUGGGUGAACACAUGUUACUGUCCGAACUAUUUUAUUCCCGAACAUAAUAUGUUCCUAGGAAAGAUCGAUCAGACUAACAAUAAGAUAGUACUAGGUGUACUGGAAAGUAUACAGUGUAGAGGGAUUGAUGGGUUGAUACAGAAUAUAUUUCCGCUAGACAAUGAUCAUAAUUAUGUAUUGAGUACAAAGAGUGAAUCUUCGUUCAUUUCGCUAGACUUUUUACUUCAUAGAACUGUUCUUUUAUUCCAGGAACACAUGAGAGCAGGAGGAAUUACAAAUCUUUAUAAAGCAUGUUCUUGUAUUGAUGCUUUACUUAAGUCCGAAUCAUCUACGUUUAUUAUUGAAGCAUGUAUAUUUUAUCAUGCCAAAAUAAGUGAAAUAAUAGUAAAGCGAUUACCAUCACCAAAUACAAAAGGUAACACUUUCAACAUACGCAAACUGUAUCAUAGAUUGUUCAAACACAUCAUCAAGAUAGAUGCUGUAUCGGGUUGGUUGUUAUACGCGUCGUUUUAUUAUGUAACAGGACAGUUCAACGACACACUCAGAAUAACGGAUUAUGUUCUAUCAAAGUAUUCACCUUAUUUGAUGUUGAUAGACUCAGACUCUACAGUCAAAAACAAUGACGUACCGAAAAACAAUUACAGACAUACUGUACAAUCUUCAAUGACAUUGAAAGAAAGGCUGAUAAUAGGCACUGCGCAACAUGUUCAUUACGAUAAACACUCGCCAUUAAUACCAGACGAACUACAGCUGGAGGUAAAAGACCGAAUCAUGAACAUACUACCAAAUGUAAUGUGUCACUGUUUUAGAUUUUUAUGUUUUCAUCAUCUUGGGAAUAUAUCCAAGAGACGAGAGGCAUUAUCUGAUUUAUAUACAUCAGUUAAACAUCACAAUAUUAUAUCAAUAAAUACAGAGUCUAAUUCAUUAAUAAUACUUGGAGUAUGUUUUGAAAUGUCCGAUGAUAAAGACAUGGCCUAUCAAUGCUAUGAGGAAGCUUUGCAAUGUAAAUUGAAUGUAUUUUACUCAGCAGAAGCAAGGAAAUCAAAUCUUUUAAUAUAAACAUUAAGCUUCAACAGUUAAUGUAGUAUGAUGUGUUGUAUUAUACAUGUGUGUAACUAAAGGAUGUAUAUUGUCUUGUCUCAUAGAAUUAAUAAAGUCUUAUUUUGGCUAUUUAAA